AAUCCAGGCUCUCCCUGCUCUCGAUGCCCGCAGUCGGCGCCCGGAGCAGGAAGCAUGUGCGCGGGCUGGGAGCUGAGCUCUGCGGCGGGCGGCUCGCUGCUGCUGACCGCCGCGCUGCUGGCGGUGAGCUGCGCGCUGGGUCUGCGCUUGGGCCGCGGGCGGGGGGCGGCGGACCGCGGAGCGCUCGCCUGGCUGUGCUUCGACGCCCUGGUGCACUUCGCUCUGGAAGGCCCUUUUGUCUACUUGUCUUUGGUAGGAAACAUCACAGAUUCUGAUGCCUUGAUUGCUUCAUUGUGGAAGGAAUAUGGCAAAGCUGAUGCGAGGUGGCUGACUUCUGAUCCCACCAUUGUGGCUUUGGAAAUUCUGACUGUUGUCCUCGAUGGCUCUCUGGCACUGGUCCUCAUUUAUGCCAUCGUCAAAGAGAAAUAUUAUCGGCAUUUCGUACAGAUUACCCUGUGCGUGUGUGAACUGUAUGGCGGGUGGAUGACCUUCUGCCCAGACUGGCUGGGAAGUCCCAACCUCAGCACCAACAACUGGCUCUACUUUUGGGUCUAUCUGGUAUUUUUCAAUGGUGUGUGGGUUCUGAUCCCAGGCCUGUUACUGUGGCAGUCGUGGGUAGAACUCAAGGACGUGCAUUGCAAAGGAUCCAAUGCAGGCAAAAAAUUUCAGUGAAUUUUCAAAAUUGUAAAUGUUAUUAUUUUGCUUUAUGAGCCAGAAUGAAUCAACCUUCUUGUUGGGCCAAAAUAUAAUACAUUCCUUUACAUUGUCAUUUUUGAACAGCCUAAUGGAUUUCAGUGGAUUCCAUUUCAAAUGGAUUGUAAGGUGGCGAGUUUUUGUUGUUGUUGUCUCCAAUUAAAUGGCAAGAUAGGGAACAGAGAAGAAAUUUUAACUUGUAAUAAUAACACUUUGAGUUAUACAUUUUUGUGGCUGACACUAAUUGUUCUACAUUAAUAAAGCCAAUUAUCAUGAAAUACUA